AGCAGGCCUGGCCCUUCUGCAUGCUCACUCCAUGCUGCCAGGUGAGGUGCAGUGCCGAUCCCCUGCCUGGCUGCCUACAGAAAUAGGAUUCACCGGCUGUGGGUGCAAAACCCCGAUGUUACUGCACCAUCCUGCACUGGACCAGCUGCAGCCUGUGUGGCUGAGCACCCCCACACCUCGCCCCUUGCAUCCUGGCAGCCCUGAGGGACGGAGCCAGCAGGUCUCUGAACACCAGGUCCCUGAAGCCCCUCGGAAGGGCUGCGCCUGGUGCCCAGAAGCUCCCUGCGGUGCCCGCGUGGCACCAGCCCUCAGUGACAUCAGCUGACGAUACCACGGCAGCGUGGCGCUACGGCCUCGGCACAGAAGCUGCACCAGGGGGAUGGAGAGCUUUGUCGUGCCGUCCCUUUCGGUGGGGGCCGUGCCCCGUGGCACCGGGAGGGGCGGCCUGGAGCCCCCCUGCCCCUGGGGCCCCGGCAGCCUGCCCGCCGCAGCCUCGCCGGGCAGCGAGCUCCCCGCUCGCACCAUCUACCGGCCCUGGUUCUCACCGUACAGCUACUUCAUCUGCACCGCAGCAGCCUCCCAGCAGCACCUCUCCUCCGGCCUGGCCAUCGGCGCCCAGGAGCCAGAGGAAGCCGACAACCUCUCGGAGACCAUCUGCUCUUCCUCCUGCUCCUCGGAGGAGCCGCGGCCCUCCCAACAGGGCCGGCAGAACAGCAGCAGGGUGAGCAUCGCCGUGCGGGACAUCCUCAGGGCUGCGCGGGGGCAGCCGGUGCCGCAGCACGGCUACAAGUGCAGGGCGUGCUGCCGCGUCCUCCCCACGCUCUGGGCGCUCAAGACCCACAUCCAGCACAGCUCCCAGGAGGGCUACAGCUGCAAGGCGUACUACCGCAAGCUCAAGGUCCUGCUGGAGAAGGAGCACCAGGCGCAGGAGGCCGAGGCCCCCCCGGCACCCGAGUAGCCCCGGCCGCCGCGGGAGGGCACUGCUCCAUCGCUGCGGCCGCCAGCGCAAUAAACGCCACGCGGAGCAGGGCCUGCUGCUCUCCCAGGAGGCACGGCUCCGCCGCAGCCCCUCGCUGACACAGUGCUUCUGAUGUCCUUUAAGAGGCCGUUCCUGACUUUUCCUUCCCAGCAGC